AUGCGACUUCUUCACACCACCACCCAGAAGUUGGUAGAGAAGACUCCGGAGGAGCUGCGGAAAGACAACGUGCGAUAUGCAAUUCUGUCGCACACAUGGGGUCCGAAUGAAGUGAUUUACGAAGACAUUGUUCACGGCACCGAGUGGACCAAGAACCCAAAUUCACUGCGCAAGGUUCAAGGCGCUUGCCACCAGGCCCGCAGCGAUGGAUAUGAGUAUAUCUGGAUAGACACAUGUUGUAUAGACAAGAGCAGCAGUGCUGAAUUGUCCGAGGCCAUAAACUCCAUGUAUAUCUGGUACGAGAUGUCAAAAGCGUGCUACGCCUUCAUCGAGGACUUCAACUGGGAUAGCCUCGGCUCGCCCGAGAAAAAGGAUUCUUUCGCAGCUAGCAGAUGGUUCACUCGCGGAUGGACGUUGCAAGAGCUCCUCGCGCCAGCAAAUUUGAUCUUCUUCACAAAGAACUGGGUCAGCCUUGGCGAGAAGAGAGCUAUCAGCCCUUUCCUCGCAGAAAUCACGGGAAUUGAUGCGACCAUCAUGGCGGGCGAGCGGCCGAUCGAAUCUGCAAGCAUCGCUAAGAGGAUGUCGUGGAUGGCGCGCCGACAGACAACGCGGCCUGAAGACUCAGCAUAUUGCCUCAUGGGAGUUUUCGGAGUCAACAUGCCGAUGCUCUACGGCGAAGGUGGUGAGCGGGCGUUUCUUAGGCUCCAGGAGGAGAUUAUGAAAACAUCCGACGACCAGUCUCUUUUCGCCUGGGUAAAUCGGGACGCAGACCCCGAGGCGCUCCAUGGUCUCUUGGCGCCAUCACCGGCAGCAUUUGCCCAUUCCAACGGCAUACUGCCGUACCACGACUGGGGGGAUCCUCGUGAGCCAUACAGCAUGACCAAUCGAGGGCUUCGUAUCCAGCUGCAUCUGUCCGCACGAAAAGACGGCAUAUUCGUGGCAACUAUCGACUGUCCUGUCCCGCCAGACUACGCCGACUCGAGUUUCCUGGCGAUAUAUCUGAAGAAGAUAUCCACCGGUAGAGAAGAUAAGGAAGGCCAGCAUUAUGCCCGUGUCAAGGCUGGCCAGUUUGGCAGUGUCCAAGUCCAGGGGAAGCUGAAGACCAUCUAUGUGCGUCAGGACCAGCGACCGCCUAUCGACGAUGGCGUCUUUCCGCAGCAUAUCCUCCAGCUCCGCAGCGGUCCUUCUGCUGAGACUUACCGAGUAGUGAAGGUCCUCCUGCCCGCUGAAAACGCCAAAGACAUCCCAGAACCCCUUUCAUUGCGCCAGUCACCCCGAAGCUGGGUACCCAACAAGUGGCCAGUGGCAUUUCCCCUACCAAAGAGUGAAGGCCAAGUAGCGGUUGUUAUUGUUUUCGAACGUGAUGACGGCGAGAGGUUGGCUGUACUUAUCGGCUCCAUCGGUGGCUUCCAGGUGGGCUUCGGCGCAGUGAAGGUCCCGAGCCAAGGAAAAUGCGACACAAACGCCCUGUCGUUCGAGACGCUGGCAUGUGACUUCCAGCCGAUGUCCGCCGGAAGGUUUGAGAGCGAUUUCCACAGUGUGCGUGCCUCUGCCACACCAGUCGUAAAAGACUUUUGGAAGUACUACCUGAUUGAUAUCGGCGUGGAAGAUGUCGGUCGAUCGCUCCCGGAGAUGCUAGCGCAGGCUACUCUUGGGGCUUACAGCCGUGCCACGGGGACCAUGAAUCAUACUUUUAAUCAGCCUGAGACAACGCCAAAUACUGUGCUCAAGUCUGGAGAAACACGCGAUUUGGACUCUGAUGACGAAGACUACCAAAGUAUUGACGAGAAAUCAAAGUUGCAAGAUGAUAUGGAGAAAACUGUCCCAGGAAAGAAACGGGCUGGCUGGAGGAGGAUAUUACACUAG